UCCCUAACCCCUCCUUCUGUCUUUCCCUCAGGAGAAGCUCAAAUCCCGGACUUGGGAAGACCUUUUACGACAUUGGGUUUCAGAGUCUGUCUGGGCGCCAGGUCCACUUUUCGGCAAAGUGACGUGGACGUCAACAGCAAUGGCGGAAGGAGAAGAAGUCCUGCCACUGUCACCGCCAAGUGGCUACGGCUGGGAAAAGGAUCUUGAAGAAGCUCUGGAAGCAGGAGGUUGUGAUCUUGAAACUUUGAGAAAUAUAAUUCAGGGGAGACCACUGCCUGCUGACUUGAGGGCCAGAGUGUGGAAGAUUGCUCUGAAUGUUGCAGGAAAAGGUGAUAGUUUGGCAUCAUGGGAUGGCAUUUUAGAUCUGCCAGAACAGGAGACUAUUCACAAAGAUUGCCUGGAGUUUAUUGAUCACCUUUCAGUGCCAGAGGAAAAGGCAUCAGAAUUGCUUUUGGAUAUUGAAUCUGUAAUAACCUUUUAUUGUAAAUCACGAAAUAUUAAAUACAGUGCCUCCCUUAGCUGGAUACAUCUGCUGAAACCACUGGUGCAUCUUCAGCUGCCACGCAGUGAUUUAUACAACUGCUUUUAUGCUAUCAUGAAUAAGUACAUUCCCAGGGAUUGUUCCCUGAAAGGGAGACCAUUUCAUCUCUUCAGAUUACUCAUCCAAUACCAUGAGCCUGAGCUUUGUUCUCUUCUUGAUACAAAGAAAAUUACUCCAGACUCCUAUGCACUCAACUGGCUCGGAAGUCUUUUUGCAUGUUACUGUUCCAUUGAAGUCACUCAGGCAAUAUGGGAUGGAUAUCUACAACAAGCAGAUCCAUUUUUUAUAUAUUUCUUAAUGUUAAUAAUUCUUGUUAAUGCAAAAGAAGUUAUCUUAGCACAAGAGUCAGACAGUAAAGAAGAAGUCAUCCAAUUCUUAGAAAACACUCCAUCCAGUUUGAAUGUAGAAGACAUUGAAGACCUUUUUUCUCUGGCUCAGUAUUAUUGCAGUAAAACACCAGCUUCUUUUAGGAAGGACAACCACCAUCUCUUUGGUAGUACUUUGCUGGGAAUUAAGGAUGACGAUGCAGACCUGAGUCAGGCUCUUUGUUUGGCCGUCUCAGUGUCAGAGAUACUUCAAGCAAGUCAGCUGCAAGGAGAAGGAGUCCGAUUCUUCGUGGUGGACUGUCGUCCUGCAGAACAGUAUAAUGCUGGUCAUUUAUCAACUGCUUUCCACUUAGAUUCUGAUCUGAUGCUUCAGAAUCCAUCUGAGUUUGCACAGUCGGUAAAAUCCUUGCUGGAAGCACAGAAGCAGUCCAUUGAGUCUGGCUCCGUAGCUGGUGGGGAGCACCUCUGCUUUAUGGGCAGUGGUAGGGAGGAAGAAGACAUGUACAUGAACAUGGUUCUGGCACACUUUUUACAGAAAAACAAAGAAUAUGUGAGUAUUGCCAGUGGAGGAUUUAUGGCACUGCAACAGCACCUGGCGGACAUUAAUGUGGAUGGACCUGAAAAUGGAUAUGGCCAUUGGAUUGCUAGUACCUCAGGCUCAAGGAGCAGCAUCAGUUCUUCUGUUGAUGGUGACUCUUUCAAUGGUUCAAAUGACAGAGGAGUGAAAUCUCUAGUAAACAAAAUGACUGUGGCUUUGAAGACAAAAUCUGUUAAUGUUAGAGAAAAAGUUAUCAGUUUUAUUGAGAACACAUCGACUCCUGUCGACCGAAUGUCUUUCAAUCUUCCUUGGCCAGACAGAUCAUGCACAGAGCGGCAUGUGAGCAGCAGUGACAGAGUGGGCAAGCCUUACCGUGGUGUAAAGCCUGUUUUCAGCAUUGGGGAUGAAGAGGAAUAUGACACAGAUGAAAUUGACAGUUCUUCGAUAUCAGAUGAUGAUAGAAAAGAGAUUGUAAACAUUCAGACUUGGAUAAACAAGCCAGACAUCAAGCAUCAUUUUCCUUGUAAAGAAGUAAAAGAAAAUGGACACAUGUUUCCUAGUCAUCUGUUGGUUACUGCAACACAUAUGUACUGUUUAAGAGAGAUUCUUUCACGGAAAGGAUUGGCAUAUAUACAGUCUCGACAAGCACUAAAUUCUGUGGUUAAAAUUACAUCCAAAAAAAAACAUCCUGAGCUAAUUACUUUCAAGUUUGGAAACAGCAGUGCUUCAGGAAUAGAAAUCUUAGCAAUUGAAAGGUAUUUGAUUCCAAAUGCAGGAGAUGCCACAAAAGCCAUAAAACAACAGAUCAUGAAAGUUUUGGAUGCUUUGGAAAGUUAAUAUAAAUGAAAAUUACUUCAGAAAUUAAGGCAACCAAGAAAAACACGAAUAUAUGUAUUUCCUGACUGAAUACUAAAUGGAGACCUUUCUUUUGCUCAUGGGGUGCUUGAGUAGCAGGUCUAAGAAAAUGUAAAUUAUUAUAAUCAAUCUCCGGACAGUUAAACUUUUUAAAAAUUUCUUUUGAAUUUUUGGUUUUAUAAAAUGAUUUAUUGUAAAGGUCAGUUAUUAAGUGACUUUGCAGUAACUGGCCCUGUGCCGUGAUGGGGUGGGGCUUCAGAAUGCAGUUCUGUUUUGAAGAGCUGUUUUAAGGGAACAAGCAUCUCUUUCAGGUUUAAAAGCAGCCACACACAUAUAUUUGCAGUGUCUUCACUGAAAAUUAGAGACAAAAUUAGCUGAAGAGACCUCUUUACUUGCUUCAUUUAGUUUUACUCACUGAUCAACAUCUGAAACCAAAAAUAUAAGUAAUUAGCUAACUGUUUCUGUUCUGUUUUUAUUAAAUAGAUGGAAAUAUAUUUAAUUAAAUGGCUAAAUACUCCAGCCAACUCAGAGUAUAGUCCAACGAGUAAAAUGUUGAAACUUGGAUUCCAGUCACCUUUGCUAUAUUAUCUAACAAUUUGGACAUCGAGUGCUUUAAAAGUACUAAACUGCAUCCUGCACGUUUCUAAGGGAGCAGCUAACAGCAUUGUAAGAAGUAGGCAUGUUAAGAUGAAAAUGAACAUUUUGAGCACAGAAACGUAUCUUACAAGUCUAGUAUUUGAUUCAGGGUAUUUCAAGACAGGAAUAGAGCACACAUUGAUUUAUCCUCAUUGAGAUUAUGUCUGUGAGCAUAUUAAUAUCUACUGAAUAAAAGCCAAAUAAUCAGCUAUAUAAAUUGCAAUUGUUUUUUAUCAUCAAUUUCCAAAUUUUUUUCUCUCUAGUUGGUUUUAUCUUCUCAUUGAAGUUCAGUAGUUUCAAACUAUUUUUGGUCUACUACUAUGACAAACUGGAAAACGUUGUAGUUUAUUUUGCAGCUUUGUCAAUAAUUUGCUGCAGUCCACGUUAGACACAUUCGGUGAGUGAAAUCCAGGAACACAUUUGGCUUUCUGGAAUGAUUGCUUUAUACACUCUGUUUGGAAAAUAGUGAACAUCAUCUACUGUGUCCCCAACGUGCAGUGGAUUACCCCUAAGACACUGAGAGGUGAAAUUGUC